UUCAGUCCGCCUCCCAGUAUACAGCACUCGCAGGUCAGCGAGGUUAGCUGCUAAACAAGGUGGUUCGAGCACACAGGAAGCAUCAGAGAAUGUUUCAUACUGUGGUUCCUUUACCGUUGAAAAUGAUGAGGUUAUAGAUAUCAACUCCAAACUCCGCGCUCUUCAAUUGGAUGAAGAGCUAGAACAAGCUGAUUCAACAAGUCGCUCCUCGAGUGGAAUUGAGAGCCAGUGUUUGGCUAACAAGGAAUUGAAUAUUGUUGACAUGCACCAAAGCUCAGAAGAGUUUGCCACCGAGAAGACUGCUAAUGGGCUGGGCGAAUCUAUUGAUGCAACUGAAGAUUUAUCUUCUGACACCAAGGAAUCAAAUGAUGUUAGAAUGGACUUGCAAGAAGGUGGUGAUGCUGAUCUUCAGCUUAGAUGCCAGGAGGUUGUUGGUGAUGGUACCAAGACUGUACCUGAAAAGUUGGACGAUGACAAGUCUGAAGUGCCAAAUACUGGAGAAGUAUCUGAAUAUGUGGCAGAAAAUGCUGAUGCUCUAUAUGGGAGGGUGGAGAUUCUUGACUCAACAAGUGCCUUGACUGAAAAUGACAAUCAAGGAUUGGUCAUCAAGGAAGUGAGUGCUGAUAUGCACCAGACUUCUGAAGAAUUUGCCAACAAGAUUAUUACUAAUGUUCUGGGUGAUAUAAACGAUACAAUUGUUUUUUCUGCUGAAAAGGAAUCAAAUGACGCUGAAAUGGAAGGUGAUGGUUUUCAGGAGGUUGUUGGUGAUUAUUUGACUACAUCCAAAAAGUUGGACGAUGAAGAUGAUAAGCAUGAAGUACCAAAUACUGUUGAAAUGCCUGAAUGCAUUGUAAAAACUGUUGAUGCACUCCGCAGUUCGGAGGUUCAUGGUGACCAAGAUUUAACAAAUUCUGCCUGCUUGAGUGAGAAUGAGGAUCAAAAUUUGGUCAGCAAGGAAGUGAAUGUUGUUGAUACGCACCAAGGCUCGCAAGUCUCUGAAGAAUUAGGUAUCACCAAUGGGCUUAGUGAAAAUGAAUAUGACGAAUCUGCUGCUGGGAAGGAAUCAUCAAAACACGAAAUGGAAUUGCAAGAAAGUGCUGAUGAUGAGCAGCAGCCUGACAUUAAUGAAAUCUACUGUGACUAUAGCAAAAGAGAAGGAGAAGAGAGGGAGGACGG